AUGGCUGCUUCCGCUGCUGAACCCUGGCCACAAGCAUUUCAGACAGGCGCCAAAGAUGCCUUGACAUAUGAGGUGAAGACAGUGCUCGACCUUGACAUGGCCCUGAAGCUCGCGAGGACCAGCUGCAUGCUGAACCAAAGGUGGACAGCGAGUCAUCGUCAGCUGAUGGAUUUAGGCCACGUGGAGGGCUUGUUGAAGAACAUCACCGAGAAGUCUGAUACUGUGACGCUUCAGCGCUUGAGGGACAUCGUGAAGGCAGUCCGAACCGCCAAGGACAACUGCUACAAGUCUCUGGCGGCAUGGGGCAGUGUGCGCACCAUCAGCUUCGAAAGAGCAAAUGUGUCGGGCGCAUCCCGCCAGCGGGAUCUUUCAGCCAGCUCGCGUGGAACCACACGCUCACAUGACUCAGCUGCGCGCAGCUCCGCCCACAGCACCGCAGAUGCUGACACAGACUGGCGGCAGCGUUGA